AAUAUUCUGAAGUGAUCUAGGAGGGAAAUUUGCACAAAAGGAACAAAUAAGGGAAAUAUUAGGAAAAGGAAUGUCUGAGAGAUGGGAAAGUCAAGCGAAAUUCAUUACGCUUUCAGAUAAUCAGUUGAAAUCAGAAUCGAUCAAAAAUCAUUGUUUGAAAUGCGCUUGCGCACAUCCCAUCCGCGCCCUUAGCGCCAGAAGCUAUUCCGGAAAUGGCGAUUACUUGCCCUCCUAUUGGCUGAGUUCCUCAAACGUCGAACCUUGCGUGCUUGCCCACCUAAUUGGUUGGCUGGAGAGCUAUAUGCGCAUGCUCCGAAAUGCUUCCUACAAGGAUUGGUGCAGUAGAAAGAGCCGACGUUCCAAUUGGCUUCUCUUGAGAAGGGAGGGGACCGUGCAGAGCUUUUCGAAUUCAAUUGAAAGGGUUGCGGUUGCUGGGAUCUCUGGUGUUUCUGGAGGCUACGUGUGGUCGUUGACAUGGCCUUCCCCAAGGCCCCGCUUAAACGCUUCAAUGACCCUUCUGGCUGUGCACCAUCUCCAGGAGCUUAUGACAUCAAAACUUCAGAAAUACCAAAAGGACCUGUAUCAUUUGAGAAAUCACAACGAUUUAGACGUGGUCAGGCUUCUAUGGAAAAUCAACAAGGUCUUAACAAUAACAAAGAUAGGCUUACAUCCACAACUUCGAAAAAUCUGAAACCUUUGAGAUUAAAGACAGAAUCUCAAAGGUAUAUUAAAGAGGUGAAAAAGCUGAAGAUGCAGGAGAAAGAGAUACGUACCCUAGUGCAAGAACGUGCAAUACAGGAUAAACAUCUUCAAGAUUUGGAAGCAGAGUUUGAGAAGAUGGAAGCAAAGCUAAACAUAGCAGUCAGAGAGAAAACAUCUCUCUCAGCAAAUAUUGCAUCUUUAGAGAAGCAGCUUAUUGAAUUAACUAGAGCUAAUGAACUACUAAAAGCAAAGUUUUCUGAAGAUGGUAACCAGAAGAAAAUGAGUCAUUUAAGCUUAGAGUUAAUGAAACUGAAGAAUAAGAUUGAAGCAAAGAAGAAGAAUGUUGUUCAUAAACAAGAAGGGAUGGAAAUCAAACUACAAAUGGCACAAAAGAACCUUCGUGAUUCUCAAGGAAACUUGGCACAACUUGAGGAAAAACUUGUUACUACAGAAAAAGAAACGAUUGAAGAAAAAUUAGAAAUAGAAAAUCUCUUGGAAUAUAUUACAGAAGUCAGCUCUACAUCAGAUCAAGUGGAGAAAUAUAAAUUGGAUAUUGUCCAAUUGGAAGAGACUUUGAAUCAGAAGAAUCAAGAGAUUUUGAUCCUUAAGCAGUCUCUGGAUGAAAACGUGGAUGUAUUAUCUAAAAAAAUUAAAGACCUGAACAAUAGAUGUCAGAUUCUUGAAAAGCAAAAAGGGGAAUUUGUCAUGCAAGACAAAGAACGGGAACAAAAUCUCAGUGCUGAGAUACUAAGCUUGAAAGAAAGAUUAACUCUAGAAAAACAAGAAAAUGAAAAGCUGGAACAAAGGCAGACAGAAACUGAUUUACGUCUGCAACAAGAGCAGGAAUUAUCUUCUAGCCUUAAUCAGAAGCUUUGUCUAUUUCAAGAAGAGUUAAUUAAUGAGAAAAAUCUUUUUCAAGAAGAAUUAAAAGAAGCAUUGAGUGAGUUAGAUAAAUUACAACAAAAGGAUGAGCAGGCUAAAAGACUGGUGAAGCAGCUGGAACAAGAGAAUAUAUCCAGAGCUAGAGAGCUCCAACUCUUAGAAGAAAAGCUUAAAGGGAAACAGGAUGAAAUUGAGAAAAACAAUGAAGCACACAAUCAGACCUCUCUGCACUGGCAGGAAAAGUACAACAAUACGUUGCAAAAUCUUAAAGAAGUCAUCACUGAAUUUGAAAGCCAUAAAGGAUCAGUGACUGAAGAAAUGGUGGAUCUUAGGUAUGAGAAUUCAUCACUACGGAAAAAGGCUUUUGAGGCAGAAAAAACAGUUGAGCUUGUUCGGCAGCAAAUGUUAGAGGUUCAGCACGCUAAAAAUAAAAAGGAUGAAGAAUAUGCAAGGAUGCUUGUAGACGUGCAGAGUAAAUUGGCACUUAAAGAAGAAGAAAUAAAAGAAGCAACAGCUUCUUCUCUAGAACAGAUAUCUGAUUUACAGAACAAACUCAAGCAACAAAGUGAAGACUUUAACAGACAACUUGAGAUGGAAGAAACAAGCAAAACUGGAGAAAUGAAUAUGGAAUUAACACAAGAAGUGGAAAAAUGGCAUUUCCUUUAUGAAGAACUUUAUAACAAAACAAAGCCUUUUCAGGAACAAUUGGAUGCAUUUGAAGCAGAAAAGAGAGCUUUAUUGACUGAACAUGGUACAACGCAGGAAGAACUGAAUAAACUGAGUGAAUCAUAUGCUAAGUUAUUGGGGCAUCAGAAUCAAAAGCAAAAAAUUAGACAUGUCAUGAAAUUAAAGGAAGAAAAUAACCAGCUCAAAUUGGAGGUUUCUAAACUCCGUUCUCAGCUGGCUAAGGAAAAACAAGCUGGGAAAAGGCUUCAGGAACAAGUGAAUGAAGCAAAAGGUUUCAAGAGGUUUGAUCCUUCUAAAGCUUUUCAGCACGAGAGUAAAGAAAAUUGUACUCCCAAAGUGCCUUUGAAAGAAGGUAACAGAAAAUGCUACUGAGAUCCUAUGGAGUUUCUGGAAUCAUGAGACAAGACAUCACAGAUAAUCUAUAAGGACUAUUUAUAAUUUAUUGGUUUUUGGAAUACUCUCAAAUUCUGAGAUUUUAAUGAUGCUGAUAAUUUAAAAAUUCACCUCUCUUUAGCUGUAUGAAAAGUAUACAGUAUUCCAUUGACCUCGACUCUUCACAUCCAGAGAUAAUGUCCCAUUUUAGUUUUCUUUAACCUUUCCAUUUCUGUUUCCAUUCAUACUUUCACUACUGUAGUGUAGUAGCCUAUAUAGCUGAUUUCCAUGCUUCAGUUCUCUUUUUCCUCUUUCAAUUUUUUCUGUAUACUUCCAUCCGAUUAGUCUUCCUUUAAAAAAAUUAUUGGUAUUAUAUAUUCUCCCAGCAAAAUCUGCUGCAUUGUUAUUGCACUUUUGUUAGCAGCCAAAAAGAAAAAAAAAAGAGAGACAAAAAUUAAAGUACUCAACUUACUAUCUUGCGUGAUCACGUUUAGAUUGAAAUACUAAAUUAGGGCUACUCAUUGCAACAUUUUGAAUAAAGGCUCGGUAUGAGUUUGAGGAAUAUUAAAAUAAGGAGACUUAGUCAUUUUCACCUAUCCCUUUCAAUUCCUACAUUUGCAGCAAAUGCAUCUCCAAAUGAGUGAUUAUUUGAUAAUCUAAUAUCCUUUCCAAAGAGGAGGAUGAACGAAAAAGUCCAUUCAAAAAGUUUACCCAUCCAAAAGUGACUUAUUAGAGGAUAUUCUUUCUAGCUGUCUAGAGACUGGUGAUAUGUGCUGUGGUCAUCCAGUUCUGUGUUCAAAUUGAAAUGAUGGCAUAGCAGUUCUUAUGUAAAGUGCCACAUUUUUCCCUUUUGUAUGAGAAAAGUCCCAUCUCUGAUGUGUGUUAAAGAUGCUUUCUCCUUGGAGGAGGGUGGAGGGUAGGGGAAGGUCAUCCAGAAUUGAUUGGGAGCAAGGUAUUAUCUAUUAUCUUCCAGAUCUAUGCUUUGGGAUCUUUGGGUGCAGUAAUUGAGAAACAUGAGGACAGAGGAUUGGCAUGCUUCCUCAUUUCCUCAAGGUUGGCUAACAAGAUGUGGACAGUUUUAUCUAAUAUUCCAGUGGUUAUAGGGUCAUUUUGGCCCCAGAUAGAUGUUCCUCUAUAAAGCUGUAAUUAAAAAAAACUUCUAGGGCAAGUUUCAAGCUUGAAAGCCAAAGAAGGCAAGAAGCAAUUAAAACUACUUAGAUGUUCUAGGUAUUAGUCAAAUAAUAUAUGUAUACCUUUUCCUAGGGAGUUCUGCCCUGAAUGUUUGUCCAGUGCUAGAAGGAAGAGUUUCCAAUAAGAAUCUGAGGCCUCAGAUAAAGAUACUUUUUUCCCUUGGGUUUCACAUAUGAAUGUUAACUCAGGUUCUAAAAGAAAUAGAAGAAUAAACUUUAAUACACUAGGAUUUUAAUUGGGAGGGGGGUGCAUAGCAGGAGGGGAAGAAGCCUUUAUUUAUUUAGCUAUGUAUAAAGGUAUGCAUAUUUCUUUCUAGCAAGAAAUAUCUAUUUGCAUUUCCCUUAGGAAUGAUGGCACUUGGAGUACUUCUAAAUAUAUAUAUAUAUAUAAAACUUAAUGUACAUCUGUAUAACAAAUGUCAUGGAAACUACAAAUCAGACCAUUUAAUUGGAUUGUCACAGAAUGUUAAUGACUGCAAUUAAUUGAUUCCAAAUUAUUUAAUGUUUCUCACUCUAUAACUUUAUUUUCC